CCUCAUCAGCAGGAACAGAGUUAAGCAACCAGGAACCAGCUGUCAGUCAGAUACCUGGUCAGUCACUGGUUCCCGUCGGUAAAACGUCAAUAAACCUACGAAAGAAGUUAAAAAGCCUGAUUUAACUAAACCUAUUGAGGUUACUGACCAUAUGGAAGUUGUAGUAAAUGGGAAGAAGUGUUUGCUCAAAGUAAAUCCAGAUACAGGCCAGUUGUGUGCCUACCCACUUGUUUCAUCCGGUAAGAGAAGAGGAAGACCAAAGAAAUCCGAGGUAAAAGGUCAGAUGUCAGACGAGGCUAAAAGACUUAUAAAAGAGCAAUCAGACUUGAUGGGAGAAAGUGUUCAAAAACUUGUACCAGAUCAGACCAGUAGUGCAGCACAGGGGCUUCUAGAACUGUCCAACACAGGACCAGAUGGUGUUAGAAGAAGUGCUAGAAGUAGAGGAAAACCUAAAACAUUGCAAGAGUAUGAAGUAUUAGAGCUGUCAAGUGAUGAUGAUGCAGCUGAUGAUGGUGAUGAUGAAGUUCUACCCAGCGGUGCAGUCAGGAAGAGAAAAACACAAGUGAACAAAGAUUACAUACCACCUGUAGCUAUACAAACUCCCGGAGUUCCAAGGCGGGGCAGAGGUAGACCACGGAGAUAUCCCCGCCCAGAUGAUACACCAGUAACCAAUCAGAUUCCAGCUGUGAUAAUUCCAUCAGGAGAUGGACAGACAAUCAUGAUGGCACCACUUCAGGGAAUGUCCAGUUUAGAAGCUUUUCAGGAACAGGUAAAGAACAUGCCAAUAUUUCAACAAUCAGGAGUUGAUGAUGAUGGACUCCAGUAUCUGAACAUCUCCAGUCUGAUAGAUUCCUCUGAUGGAAACACGGUGAGUGUACAGCUUGGUGGAGCAGUAAACCUGGGCGAUACAGAGGAUAUUUCUAGUCAGUCAGUUCUUAACAGUGAUUCUAUAGAUGAUAAUACUGAAGAUUCUGUUGAUGUAAAGCCGGUUGUGUUGACAGGAGGAGAUGAAACCGAUGUAAAAGAUGUUAAAGUUGAUGUACAGAAAGAAUUGAUAGAUAAAUUAGAUGUUGGUAACAAUGGUAUUAAAGACAAGGUGUCUGAACCAAACGAAGGCCAUCCAACCAUUAUACAGAUACCAGAGAACCUCCUACCAAUGUUUACUCAGAAAAAAGACCCUGUCAAAAUUGGACUCAAGUCAUCAGACGCAAUUUUAGAGAAGAUGAAAUGUCAAUUGUGUGAUUUUCAAGGGUAUUAUGAACAACAGUUUCAGGACCAUAUUCUGACACAUAAAGAGGCGCUUAAAUGCAAAUGUUGCAAAUACGCCUGUUUUCAAAAGGAUGCAAUGAUUGAACAUUUUAGGAAAAAUCACCCACGAUGCAUCUGCAGUUUCUGUGAUCACAUGGCCGAGCAUGCCUACAUCAUCAAACGUCAUACGAUGCGACACACCCAGGUCGGCUGUAAAUGUGACGUCUGCGGUAAAGUAUAUAAGGACCAGUAUGUGCUGAAGAUGCAUGUUAAAAUGGUUCACAUGCCAGCUGAGGUUCUGUUUGAAUGUAAUGUAUGCAGUAAAAAGUUUACGAGAAAAGCUCAUCUGAAACGCCAUCUUAGAAUACACGACCCUGAAAAACCGUUCAAAUGUCCCCAUUGUCAAUACAGAGGUUGUGAGAAGUCGGACAUUGUUAAGCACCUUCUUGUACACGAGGAGCCAAAACAUCAGUGCAACAUUUGUCAGAAAUCAUUUAGGCAUAUCAAAAAUAAGGAACUCCAUAUGAAAAGGCAUAAUGGACAGCGCGAUUACAAGUGCGGGGUGUGUGAUUUCUACGGGUACACAUUUACAGAUAUACGUAAACAUAUCGAACGUAAACACACGGACUGUAAAUCUCUAAUCUGUGAUAAAUGUGGCAUGGUGUUCAGAUCUGACCUUCAGUAUAAGGAACACAAGUCACAAGCCUGUGAUGUAUUUAUGAUAGAACAAGCAUUAGCUAUAGCAACAAGUGAUGGUGGCACAGCUCAAGCAACGAUACAGAUUCCCAGUAACUAUACACUAGAUGGUAACCAGCAAUUACAUGUUGGCGGUCAGAGCGUUUCCAUUGAUAAAGAUGGUCAGAUUACAGUACAUUCCGUGGGGCUACCAGGUGAUGAUUAUGAUGAUGGUGGUAGUAGUUUUGGUGGUGAUGAUAAUGAUGAUGAUGAUAAUGAAGAUGGUGGUGUUAGUGAGGAUGAUGAUUAG